AUGGAACCGAAGCAUAUGUUUAUGUCGGCUUUGGGAGUCGGUAUAGGAGUAGGAGUGGGGCUUGGAUUGGCGUCAGGAUCGCAAACCGUUGGACAAUGGGCCGGCGGGGCUGCCACUCCGGGCGCUCUCUCUCCGCAAACUAUGGAGCAGGAAAUGGUCAGCCUCAUCGUAAAUGGAAGGGAUAGCCAAGUCACCUUUGAUCAAUUCCCAUACUACCUAAGUGAACAGACCAGAGUCUUGUUAACAAGUGCUGCUUUUGUACAUUUGAAAGCUGAUGUCACUAAACACACACGGAAUCUUUCUCCUGCAAGUCGGACAAUAUUGCUCUCUGGCCCUGCUGAACUGUACCAGCAAAUGCUUGCCAAGGCUUUAGCACAUUUUUUUGAGGCCAAGUUAUUGUUGUUAGACGUAACUGAUUUUUCACUGAAGAUCCAGAGCAAAUAUGGGGCUUCGAACAAAGAAUCUUAUUUCAAAAGGUCUAUAUCAGAAACAACAUUGAGCCGAAUGUCUGAAUUAUUUGGAUCAUUUUCAAUGCUUCAACAGGAGGAAAGCAAAGGUACUUUGCGCAGGCAAAGAAGUGGAGUUGAUCUUGUAUCAAAGGGACAAGAAGGCUCCUUUAACCCUCCACAGCUACGUAGAAAUGCAUCUGCCUCAGCAAACUUGAAUAAUCUUUCUUCAACCUGUACUUCUGCAACUUCAGCUCCACUUAAGCGCACUAGCAGCUGGUGUUUUGAUGAGAAGCUUUUUAUACAGACACUUUACAAGGUUCUAGUUAAAAUAUCGAAGAUUAGUCCCAUCGUCCUUUAUCUUAGGGAUGUUGAGAAGGUACUUUGUAGAUCACAGAGGAUGUACGUCUUGUUCCAGAAAAUGCUGAAGAAAUUGUCUGGAUCAAUAUUGAUACUUGGUUCUAGAAUUGUUGACGCUGGAAAUGACUACAGAGAAGUAGAUGAGAGGAUUUCUUCCGUAUUCUCGUACAAUAUUGAAAUAAAACCCCCAGAAGAUGAAACCAAUCUUGUAAGCUGGAAGUCCCGGAUGGAGGAGGAUAUAAAGAUGAUUCAAUAUCAGGAUAACAAAAAUCACAUUAUUGAGGUACUUGCUGCUAAUGACAUUGACUGUGAUGACCUGGGUUCAAUCUGUAUGGCAGAUACACUGGUCCUUGGCAACUAUAUAGAAGAAAUUGUGGUGUCAGCUAUAUCAUAUCACCUAAUGAAUACCCCAGAACCAGAGUAUAGAAAUGGAAAACUUGUUAUCUCAUCGACAAGUUUGUCCCAUGGGUUGAGUAUUUUUCAGGAAGGUAAAUCCGUUGAGAAGGAUACCUUAAAGCUCGAAGCACAAGCUGAAAUGCCCAAGGAUUCAAAAGAUCGAGAAGCUGUUGGAUCAAAGCCUGAAACCAAAAGGGGAGAGGGACCACCAGCUCCAACUAAAAAGGAAGGUGAUAGUUCAGCCUCAGUACCAAAAACUGCAGAAGUUCCUCCAGACAAUGAAUUUGAAAAGCGCAUCAGGCCCGAAGUCAUACCAGCGAAUGAGAUUGGCAUUACAUUUGCAGAUAUUGGUGCCUUGGAUGAGAUUAAAGAAUCUCUUCAGGAACUAGUGAUGCUACCUCUUCGAAGACCGGAUCUGUUUAAAGGUGGCCUUUUGAAGCCAUGUGGAGGAAUAUUGCUUUUUGGGCCUCCUGGCACGGGGAAGACUAUGCUGGCCAAGGCCAUAGCCAAUGAAGCUGGAGCAAGCUUCAUUAAUGUUUCUAUGUCUACUAUUACUUCUAAAUGGUUCGGUGAAGAUGAGAAAAAUGUUCGUGCCUUGUUCACUCUUGCUGCUAAGGUAUCUCCAACUAUCAUAUUUGUGGAUGAAGUUGAUAGCAUGCUUGGGCAACGAAACAGAUCUGGGGAGCAUGAGGCUAUGAGGAAGAUAAAGAAUGAAUUCAUGACUCACUGGGAUGGACUGUUGACAAAACCAGGUGAAAGAAUUCUUGUACUUGCUGCGACCAACAGACCAUUCGAUCUUGAUGAAGCAAUCAUCAGACGUUUUGAGAGAAGAAUCAUGGUCGGCUUACCAUCGGUGGAGAACAGGGAAAAGAUUUUGAGGACUCUAUUGGCCAAAGAGAAAGUUGAUGAAGGAUUGGACUUUAAGGAGCUUGCAACAAUGACAGAAGGAUAUAGUGGAAGUGAUUUGAAGAACUUGUCCAUAACUGCUGCUUACCGACCAGUCAGAGAAUUAAUAAAGCAAGAAAGACUCAAAGAUGAGGAAAAGAAACGUAGAGUUGAGGAAGGGCAGAAAAGUGGAGACACAUCAGCUAAAGAAAACAAAGAGGAAAGGGUAAUAACUAUCAGGCCAUUGAACAUGGAAGAUUUUAAGGAAGCAAAAAAUCAGAUUGCAGCUAGCUUUGCAUCAGAAGGCUCCAUCAUGGCAGAGUUGAAGCAGUGGAAUGACUUAUAUGGGGAAGGUGGUUCGAGGAAAAAGGAACAACUCUCGUACUUCUUAUAA